AUGCAGCUGGCCUGCCUCGUAGUCAACAGGAAGAGCCUGGAGACCCGAAUCCACAUCGCCGUGGUGAGGCUCGAGUACCCCAAGGCCAAGGAGUGGUUUGAGCUGGUGGACAUCAGUCGCGACAAGGGCUUCCCGCUCCUCCAGAUGGCACGAGGACGCACCCACUCCACUCCACUCCACUCCACCUCCUCCUGA